AUGAAUUAUGGUUAUGGUUCUCAAGCUCGUAUUCGCGUCGAUGUAAUACAUCUCGACUGGUUGUACAGUAUGGCUAUCGGCUUAAACGUAACCUAUACAAAUAGUCAUUGAACUAGUAUUUCCGCCGGUAUAAAAUAGCACAUGAAGUAAUUCGGGUUAAUUUUCAAGCCGAAUAUCUGAAGUUUUCUCUGAAUAAACUUUCGAAUAUAAGGGAUGAACAAAUCUGAUCUCACGAACAACCAGGCAACUACUUCUAAACAUACCUAAACAUUGAUCAACCUAUACUGACUCAGCCGGUGAUCUUGAACAAAUACAGUCCACAGAUUUUAUCGAUUGAACAGACACGUACGUUUAUAGGGGUGAUUUGUUUAUCUAAUUGUCCAAUUAUAUCAAUGUCGAUUAUUAUACACACUACGUACUACGUAUACAGUGUAUAUUGCGAAAUAUUUUAAACUUUAUAAUUAACCUGAUUGUUUGCCCAGUCCACAUUUAUUUCCAAGCAUUUUAGUCCUUUCCCUUAAUUUUCACUUAAUAUAUAUCAUAUCAGUACUUGUACCGUAGGCCUACUGCAUAAAACUAUAGAACACAUCCUAUUUUGCAACUCUUGCAUGUCAUGGACAUGGUAGCAGUAGAUAUUGUUCACUAGUGUUUUGGAAUUUAAGAGAUGAGCAAAUCAGUCUGAUCUAACGAACUGCCUUGCACGUACUUCUAAAUCAACAUAGAAUACGUAACUACCUAAUUCAGUAAAAUGCAUGCAAUAUAGCCAAUAUCUUUAAGUCUAUAUAUUUUUACAUGACUACCGUAUGUAAAGGCCCUUGUCACACUAUUGCGUAUGAGAGAAACGUAUGAAAAUUCAUGAAAUAAUUUUCAUACGCACAAAAAUCCUUUAAAAUGCCAGCGUAUAGGAGUAUCGUACAGCUGGCGUACCGGCCUCUAGGGUAUUCAUGCAGCGUGUGCCUAGAGCGCUAGUAUGCUUAUCGUAUAAAGCUUACGUCCGAUACGUACAAAAUGUUUGAGCAUGCUUAAAAAUAUUUUCUGCCUCGCCGUAUACCAGCGUAUGCCACCGUACGCGACCGUGCUUGAAACGUAUACAACCUAUGCCUAACGUACCUCUAGCGUAUGUCAGCGUAUACCGGCGCAUGAGUGAUAUUUUUCAUACGCUGGCAUCAACGCUAGUACGAUACGCAAUAGUGUGACAGGGCCUUAAGUCAUUACUAUUAAUAAUAUAUCUGUACAUUCAAAAGGCAAUUCCAGCUAUCGACUAAUUUUAUAUCUCAGACAAAAAAGACGAAAUAUAUCAUUAUAGCUCAAAUGAGCAUCCUAAAAUUAGUAAAAUUGCAAAGUUUGGUUGCGAAAUGUUGUAAAAUAGGUGAAAUAUAGCUCUGUGAAAUUAGCAAAUUUUGAGUAUUAGUUAGUAUUACGCGCAGUAAAAAUAACCACUUUUGAGCCGAAAGUGGUUAUUUUUCAGCAUGAGCUCCAUUAUCAAAUGAUAAAUUCGCGGUACCUAACCCCUAACACAAACGCCUAACCCUAACCCCACUGAAGUGACUGACCCCUUAGCUAUAGAGGGGCUAAACUGUGGAAUAGUCUCCCAAAUGAAUUAAGAGGAAAAGAAUCACCAACCUCGUUCCCAGGGUAUUUAGGAAAUACCCUGGUAUGGGCUGGUCACGUGCCUCGUCCAAAAUUUAGCGCCCGAGGGUGUGUGGGAAAAGUAUCAAAUUACAUGAUUCCAGUGGAGAUAUUUUGUUUAACAGUUAAAAACAUUAUUAAGUUCAAAAUACUUGCUAAUUUUUGUUUAUUUUCUUUGCUUUGAAUUUACAAGAACAUUCUUACAUUUUUACCAACAGUCAAGUCAAGAAACCAAGCAAAUCGUUACUCACAGUGCUCUCUCGUGUUGUUAUUCAAUGCCGUCUCUUCACACUCGAGCGCGGUUUUAUAACAAACGUUUAUUAUGAGCUUUCAGUCAUCAUUUCUACAUAUGUAAUGUUUUUAAAAUACGCCAUUAGAUUUGUCCUUUCUUGUAAAUGUUUAUAUGCUUUGCACCGAUUUAAUUACUUGUUACUAUACGUCUACGCGUCUUGUUUAUAAGAUUGAAAGAAACAGUAUUUUAUUGUCUGGGACUAGAGCCCAAUAUUAGCAAAUGUAAACAUUUGAUACUAGCCAAACAGAGAAAGUCUGUCAGUGAUUAUAAAAUUUUGGAUUUAGUACAUAGUAUUCGGUGAUUAUAGUCAGGCUUUAGCCUUUUUCUUGGUCUUUAUUAAUCAUAAUAUUUUCCUAAUAUACUAAAUCUAUAUAUUGUGAAUUUACAGUGUCAGACGCGCACAGACUGUCAUACGAAUAAACAUAAAUUUUCGAGUUUUCUACUUCUACUAACAUUUUUAAAGUUUUCAUUGUGAAUCAUCUGUUUAUUUCUAGUUCAUUAGUCAUUAAUAUGCUCUAAAAAACAAGGCUCUCAAAUAUAUUUGUAUAUUUAUUUGAUAGUGUCAUAGUGAUAUAUGCAUUUACAAGCAAUCCUGGAUAUGAUAAAGACGAUACAAGCUGUCCAUUAAAAAAUAACGGGAUUCUAUUCCACAAAGAAAAAUAUUUAAAUCUCACUUGUAUUAUUAAGAAUAUAUAUAAAGCAAAAAAUUUAAACUUGUGUGAGUUGUCUCAAAACGAAAGCUGUUUAUAAAAUUUAUAAAUGUUGUAAACACUAUUACUAAUAUAAAGUUCCCAUUGAAAGACAUAAUAUAGUAUAGUAUAUUGUCGUUUGACUUAUCUUUGAUGUAUGAUUUUAAUACUGUAGAUUUUCAACAGACAGCUAGACUUUAACAUAUACCAUGAUUGUUGAGUUUCAGCAAUGCCAAGGGCCAAUGCAGGAAGUUUUAUAAGCUUUUAUAGUCAACAAUCUGGAUACAGUUGGCGUCUUGGCGAUAUUUCGGAAAUCAAAAGAUCUCGCUAUUUCGUUGCAAUUCCAUGCCACAUCUCAUCAAUAAAUAAAUUCUUUUGCUUCGAGUAUCUAGAUAUACUUUCAUAACAAUUAAAUAAAUGAAUAACCACAUUGUUCGGUCUAGAUAUAUAUAUUUUCUUGUACUGCUUUAUUAUAUUGCCACGCCGUCCACACGUGCUUUCUCAGUGACAAGUCUAUAAGUUGAAAUCUGAUCCAAUUUGCUUGAAUUGUAACUCGACACUAGAUUGUAGAGUAGAAAGUCACAUCACGAUAAAUAUUAAUUUUUAAUUGCAGUUCUUUUCACGAAUAAUCACGAUUUCUUUGAAGAUUCAAUGGUUAUCGUUUAUAUUCAUAGAGCGAUCUAAUUAAUUGUCACAAUAUAUACUCACUCCCCCAACCCUAGUAAACAAUACGCCAUUUUACGCAAAAUCCGCGGGUCACGUGACCAGCCCAUACCAGGGUAUUUCGCUCCCCAAGAGCAAAUACCCUGGGUACGAGGUUCCUCACGCUGAGGACAAGGUUCUUCACGCUGAGGACAAUGUUCUUCACGAUGAGAACAAGAUUCCUCACGCUGAGGACAAGGUUCCUCACGCUGAGGACAAGGUUCUUCACGCUGAGGACAAGGUUCUUCACGCUGAGGACAAGGUUCCUCACGCUGAGGACAAGGUUCCUCAUGCUGAGGACAAGGUUCCUCACGCUGAGGACAAGCUUCCUCACGCUGAGGACAAGUUUCUUCACGCUGAGAACAAGAUUCCUCACGCUGAUGACAAGGUUCCUCACGCUGAGGACAAGGUUCUUCACGCUGAGCAGAAGGUUCUUCACGCUGAGGACAAGGAUUUUCACGCUGAGGACCAGGUUCCUCACGCUGAGGACAAGGUUCCUCAUGCUGAGAACAAGGUUCCUCAUGCUUACGACAAGGUUCCUCACGCUGAGGACAAGGUUCCUCACGCUGAGGAGUAGGUUCUUCACGCUGAGGACAAGGUUCCUCACGCUGAGGACAAGGUUCCUCACGCUGAGGACAAGGUUCCUCACGCUGAGGACAAGGUUCUUCACGCUGAGGACUAGGUCCUUCACGGUGAGGACAAGGUUCCUCACGCUGAGGACAAGGUUCCUCACGCUGAGGACAAGGUUCCUCACGCUGAGGACAAGGUUCCUCACGCUGAGGACAAGGUUCCUCACGCUGAGGACAAGGUUCCUCACGCUGAGGAGAAGGUUCUUCACGCUGAGGACAAGGUUCCUCACGCUGAGAACAAGGUUCCUCACGGUGAGGACAAGGUUCCUCAGGCUGAGGACAAGGUUCUUCACGCUGAGGACAAGGUUCCUCACGCUGAGGACAAGGUUCCUCACGCUGAGGACAAGGUUCCUCACGCUGAGGACAAGGUUCCUCACGCUGAGGACAAGGUUCCUCACGCUGAGGACAAGGUUCCUCACGCUGAGGACAAGGUUCCUCACGCUGAGGACAAGGUUCCUCACGCUGAGGACAAGGUUCCUCACGCUGAGGACAAGGUUCUUCACGCUGAGGACAAGGUUCCUCACGCUGAGGACAAGGUUCCUCACGCUGAGGACAAGGUUUCUCACGCUGAGAACAAGGUUCCUCACGCUGAGGACAAGGUUCCUCACGCUGAGGACAAGGUUCUUCACGCUGAGGACAAGGUUCCUCACGCUGAGGACAAGGUUCCUCACGCUGAGGACAAGGUUCCUCACGCUGAGGACAAGGUUCUUCACGCUGAGGACAAGGUUCCUCACGCUGAGGACAAGGUUCCUCACGCUGAGGACAAGGUUCCUCACGCUGAGGACAAGGUUCCUCACGCUGAGGACAAGGUUCUUCACGCUGAGGACAAGGUUCCUCACGCUGAGGACAAGGUUCCUCACGCUGAGGACAAGGUUCUUCACGCUGAGGACAAGGUUCCUCACGUUGAGGACAAGGUUCCUCACGCUGAGGACAAGUUCUCAGCUGAGAAAGGUUCCUCACGCUGAGAGCAAGGUUCUUCACGCUGAACACAAGGUUCUUCACGCCGAGGACAAGGUUCCUCACGUUGAGGACAAGGGUCUGCACACUGUGGCCAAGGUUCCUCACGCUGAGGACAAAGUUCCUCACGCUGAGGACAAGGUUUGUCACGCUGAGAACAAGGUUCCUCACGCUGAGGACAAGGUUCUUCACGCUGAAGACAAGGUUCUUCACGCCGAGGACAAGGUUCCUCACGUUGAGGACAAGGUUCUUCACACUGUGACCAAGGUUGCUCACGCUGAGGACAAGGUUCCUCACGCUGAGGACAAGUUUCUUCACGCUGAGGACAAGGUACUUCACGCUGUGGACAAGGUUCGUCACGCUGAGGACAAGGUUCCUCACGCUGAGAACAAGGUUCCUCACCCUGAGGACAAGGUUCGUCACGCUGAAGACAAGGUUCUUCACGCCGAGGACAAGAUUCCUCACGUUGAGGAAAAGGUUCUUGACACUGUGGCCAAGGUUCCUCACGCUGAGGACAAGGUUCCUCACGCUGAGGACAAGUUUCCUCACGCUGAGGACAAGGUUCCUCACGCUGACGACAAGUAUCCUCACGCUGAGAACAAGGUUCCUCACGCUGAGGACAUGGUUCCUAACGCUGAGGACAAGGUUGCUCAUCUGAGGACAAGUUUCUUCACGCUGAGGACAAGGUUCAUCACGCUGAGAACAAGGUUCAUCAUGCUGAGGACAAGGUUCCUCACGCUGAGGACAAGGUCCUCACGCUGUGGACAAGGUUACUCACGGUAA